UGUAAAUAUCUAUUUAUGAUAACAUUUUGUUAUAAUUUUACUAUACUAGUAGAAUUUUGUUGUAAUUCCCAUUAUUAUUUUUGUAUAUUAUUUAUUACUUACCUGGCUUUUUUUUUUCAGGAUGUAUCAAAGGAAUUUAAUCGUUGUAAAGAAGAAGGAGUCACAAGAUUAGAUCUUACAAAGUCUAGUAUUGUUGUUCUACCAUCUUCAGUGAAGGAUCUGACUCAUUUGAAAGAGUUUUACCUUUAUGGUAACAAACUUCAAACACUGCCACAAGAAAUUGGUUGUUUAGUCAAUCUUGAGACAUUAGCACUUAAUGAAAAUUCCCUUGCUAGUUUACCAGAUACAUUGGUUAAUCUCAAGCAGCUCAAGGUUCUUGAUCUUCGACAUAAUAAAUUAAAUGAGAUUCCAGAUGUUGUCCACACAUUAACUUCUCUCACAAUUUUACACUUAAGGUUCAAUAGAAUACGUGAAGUAGGAGAAGAUAUAGCUAACCUAGUUAACCUGUCAAUGCUCAGUUUGAGAGAGAAUAAAAUUAGGGAACUUCCUGCUGGUAUUGGGAAACUGACAGCUCUUGUAACAUUUGAUGCUUCCAACAACCAUCUCAAGCACCUACCAUCUGAAAUAGGCCAGUGUUCCCAGCUGUCUUCCCUUGAUGUUCAACAUAAUGAACUUGUAGAUAUUCCAGAAUCCAUAGGUAAUCUGAGAGCUCUGACCAGACUUGGUCUUAGGUAUAACCAACUGACUUGUAUUCCACAGUCACUCAGCAACUGUGUCAAGUUGACUGAAUUUAAUGUAGAGAGUAAUAAUUUAUCACAGUUACCAGAAGGACUUCUCUCUAGUCUAUCUCACCUAACAAGUCUCACACUUUCUCGGAAUGCUUUUACAUCCUACCCAAUUGGUGGACCAUCACAGUUCUGUUUUGUCUAUUCUAUCAACAUGGAGCACAACCAAAUUAACAGAAUUCCUUUUAGCAUAUUUUCUCGUGCUAUGAACUUGACUAAGCUGAAUAUGAAGGACAACAAGAUCACAUCAUUACCACUUGAUAUAGGCACUUGGACUAGCAUGGUGGAGUUAAAUCUGGGUACUAACCAGCUGAGCAAAGUUCCUGAUGACAUCCAGUUUCUCCAGUCACUUGAAGUUUUAGUUCUAAGUAAUAACCUCCUCAAGAGGCUUCCUGCAACGAUAGGAAACUUGCGCAAGUUACGACUGCUGGACCUAGAGGAAAACAAACUAGAAGCAUUGCCAAAUGAAAUAGGGUUUUUACGAGAACUUCAGAAAUUAAUCCUCCAAAGUAAUCAACUGACCAGUUUGCCACGAGCCAUUGGCCAUCUUACAAGUGUCACGUAUCUCAGUGUGGCUGAAAAUAACAUCGGCUACAUUCCGGAAGAAAUCAGUUCUCUGGAGAACCUUGAAUCCUUGUACUUGAAUGACAAUCCUAAUCUACACAAUCUCCCAUUUGAGCUGGCUCUCUGCAACAACCUCCAAAUCAUGAACGUGGAAGGCUGUCCGCUAUCCCAGAUCCCACCAGAAAUAGCCAGUGGUGGCUCAUCUUUAAUCAUACAGUAUCUGAAAAUGAAAGGACCCUACAGAACCAUAUGAAAGAUCCUGUAGGCAAUUAUUGAUUCCUUUUCGUGGGAACACACAUACAUAGAAUAUGCUUGUGUCUCGUGGAGUUAUCAGAUGAUGCCUUUUUUGGUUGGAGACCUAUCUGCACACUGUUGUGGUGGUUAGACCUUAACAAGAUCAAACAGGAGGAGCAGUAGAAAUUGCUGUGUGCUCAUGACUAGUAACUUAACUGCCUGAGUUCAAGAGUCUUCUUGCAAGACUUGUAUAAUCAUGCCUUGUUACAUUCUUUUCAAUUGCCUACCCUCUGGUGGACCACUGUGCAUGAAUUGAAUGUGUAAUUUGUGUAGAGCUUCAUGAAAGUGAAUACAGUUAAUCGCACACAACUGACCAUUGGACAGUUUCCUGACUUUGUACAUAGUGUAUGUGUUGUGUCAUUUAUGUGUGUAUAUCCUGUUGGAACUAUGACUGUUGAGAGCUCAAACAAUGUCCCAAGGUUUCUCCCAGCCACCUGUCAUUACACAGGUCACAUUUUUAGUAAAUGUAAUCUGUAAUCUUUGGGAAUAUUACAAUGUAGCUAUCAAACUCAGUUUACUUGAAGUCAUAGUUAUUAAACAAUAAUUCCCAGUUAUUAUUAAGAAAAAAAAAAAAACAUCUUGAAAACACACACACUAAGUGCUGAUUAUAUGUGACUGAACAUUAAAUUUUGUAAUUGGCAGACAUUUGGACAUGUUAAACCUGACGUUGACGUAUACAGAGUUAAGUAAUAUGUUAUAUGUUUGCUAAUAGUUUAUGUAGAAAAGUUACAAAUGUAUCGUGAGAAGUAUUAGUGGAAUCUAAAAGUGAAUCCUGAAUUAAAGCUGUGUAGUAAGAAUAUUCUAAGGUAUGUUUUGUUUAAGAAGUAGUCUUGUUUUUAUUGUCAGCCUUUUUUAAACAACUGAAACUUAUACUUUUAAAACAUGAGUUUAAAAAGAAAAACCAUAAAUGUGUAUUUUUUGCUGUUCUUUUAACAGGAACAAAAUAGACUUGAGUCUUUCAUAUUUGGAAAUCAGCUUCACAUACUUUGCACAAGGUGCAGUGUUUCACCUUUUAAUUGUCUAUUCAGCAUUCUUGACUUAUAAAGUUAGAAGCUUGAAAUUGUGUCAAUGUCCAGAUGUUUUUACAUGCUACUAAAAGUGGCCAUUAAAGUUUGUACCUUAAAUUUUAUGAAUUGGAUCACUAGCUAAAAGAUGAUUUUUAUUUUAAUAUUUUGAUACCAAAUAUACUUCGAAAGAAUGCCGAAUUUUGAAACUAAUUUUUAGAACAUCUGGUAGCUUAAAAUGGUGAAUUAUGAAAAUAUAAAGCUCUUUCAACUUUAGAUUUUGCACUUUUAAAACUUCCUGUUUCUUUUCCUGUAUAUAAUUGUACUGUUGUGUGAUUUGUGUUUCAAAAUUUUAUAGUAAGUUACUAUCUAAAAAUGUUUGCUUAUCCAAGUACUUCAUCUUUUGCUUCAACUAUUGACUUUUCAGGGCAAAAUCUAGACUUCAUGUUAAACUUCCUAUUUAGCUAAUCUACCUAAUAUGGGCAGUUAGAAGUGACAUCAUGCAUACUGUCAUUGAAUUAACAACAGGAUCGUAAAGUAUAAUUGUAUUUUCUUGACAUUAAUCAAGAUUAGAGUCAAAUGCUGCAUGUUAGCUAUGUUAAUCAAGGUUUGUAAAAUGAUGGCACGAAGUAUUUAUUAUUUUUAUCUUAUGUUUUAUAACUUUAUACAGCUCAGACUAAUAAAUCAUAAUUUUCUGAGAAGAAGUACAAGGAUCUGAAUCUCUAUAGAUUGAUGGUUAAAUAGAUCUUUGAGUAAUAUCGUUAAUAAUUCAUACAUGCUCAAUAGGUUUUGUCGACCUUAAGUGAUGGACAAUCAGCAUUAAAGUUGUUAUUUCCAACUGCUGACCUUAAUUCAGAAGGGUGAGAUAACAAGCAAGGUUAUUUAAUUUAGGUGCUCUUCUGGAAAAUAGAAGCAUUCUGGGUCUAGAUUUUGCCCUGCACAAUAGCAACAUAAUUCAAAAUUUGAUUGCUAAAAGGAAAUAUAAGUUGUUUAAAAUUUAAAUUUCAAAAUGUAUCAUUAUAUGUCAGAAAAGUUGAAAAUAAGAAAUGUUUAUGAAUAGGCUAUGGUAUAAUGUAAGCUGUUUUUAGAAGGAUAUAUAGAAGAUAAAAUCUUCAAAAAGAGCACUUGUUUAAAAUAUGAUCAGGUUCGAAAAGACUUCCAGUAAUGGACAGUUUCUUUUUCUGACACACACACACACACACACUACUUGACUGGUUAACCAUAAAAUUUGUAAAACUCUUAAAGUUGCUUUUCAUGAAAAAAAGUAAUCACAGAUUUGGAAUAAAUAUUGAAAAAUGAAAGGUAUUUAGAUGGAAUCUUGGUUGUAGUAAAUGUUGUAGAAUUGGCCUCUUUGUGGCCUUCUGUAUCAGAUAAUGGAAAUGUUGUGUAUCACGUCCACACCAUCAAGAUUAAAACUGUUCAAUGUGUUCUCGUGCGUAUGUGAGGUAAUAUUAAUGUGACUGUUGAAGGUGUUUUUCACAGAUUUCUGUUUUCUUAUGUAUGCUACUGAUUAUAUUACCAAGAUUCAGAGUUCUAUGUAUUAAGCAAGAUAUAUACACACAACCAAAUAUUGGCACUUGUCUCUAUGUGAAUUUUUGAACUUCAAUUCUGUAUUGUCUCCUUUCCAUCCCUCUCUGUUCCACGGUGCUCCACUGAUGCAAUCUACUGAGAUUGCAACUUUAUCUUUAUGCUCUCAAUAAAUUUGAAGAGAAAGUU